AUGUCUUCCCUUCAUGCCUAUCUCCCAGCCCUCAAGGGUAUCGCCAUCGCUGGCAGUCUCAUCAACGGCGGUACCAUGACAUCAGGUUACCGUCUUCUCCCCUCAGUCUACCCAAUCGUCCAAAAGUCGCCCAAAGACGCUGCGAAGCAAUGGGAAUACUUUUACUGGUCCAUGUCAGCCACUGUGCCAUGGGUUGACCUGACCACAAUUAUUGUGAUCGGCACUAUCGCCUAUGGAGAGUACAAGGAAAACAGCUCUGCUCUGUCUUGGAAGAUCUGGGCUACUGCAGGAGGACUGAUGCCCCUAGGUUGGAUCUGGGUGCGAAAGGUGAUGCUCGGCCCGUCUUACAAGCUUCUGGACAUUGCGGACUCAAAGUCUUCAGAGACUGAACCUUUGAAUACCAGUGCGAAGAAUGUCUUGGACCUCAUGCAGGAGUUCAAUGCACAGAUGGCUGUGAGGAUGAUGUUUCCGUGGGUUGUUGGUGGACUCGCGCUAUGGGCUACCCUGGGCCUUUAG